GGGCUGCGCGAGCGAGGUAGGGGGAGGAACGCAGACGAGUGCUACAGAACUCGGCGUGGUUUCCAUGGUAACUGGCUACUGCUGAACCCCGAGUGUAGCUGCGCCACUGUGACAAGCGCCUGAAACAGCGCGAGGCCAAUGGCGCUUGCAGCGGAAGGCGGGGGAGCACGAAGCUCCAACGCUUGCUCCGCCCCAGGGAGCCGGUUGCCGCUCUGAAGCCUGUCCCCGCGGCGGGUUCGCCAAGUGCUACUCCCCCUUGGGGGGGCUGGCGGGAGGGGCGGGCGGAGCCGGGGGGCAGCGGGAGCGGGGCUGGGUGUGAACGCCCGGGGGCGCUGCCGGCCAGACUGGCCGCUCGCGUGAAGUUCUCGCGGGCGGAGGGGGUCCGCGGGAGGCUGCGCUACAGUCACCUGGAGCCGAGGCUGAAAGCGACUCCCGGGAGCUGUGCGCGGGCCGAGCCCUCGUGCUGUUCUCCUCACGCUGUCCCUGCAGGGCGGGUGUGCGCACGGAGAGCCCUGCAAGCCUGUGGGCCUCCUUGCAGGAAGAGAUGGCCAAAGUUUGUGCUAUUUUUGGAGGAUCCAGAGGAAUUGGAAAAGCUGUUGCACAACUGCUGGCAUGGAAAGGAUACCGCUUGGCUAUUAUUGCUAGAAAUCUGGAAGUAGUUCAAACUACUGUGAAUCACCUUGGGGCAGGUCAUAUGGCACUUAGCUGUGAUGUAGCCAUGGAACAAGAUGUCCAAAAUACACUUCAGGAGGUGGAGAAGAAUUUAGGUCAUGUUAAUUACUUGGUUAAUGCCGUUGGAGUCAACAGGGAUGGCUUGUUGCUGAGAACCACAUCUGAAGAUAUGGUAUCCCAAAUUAACACUAACCUUCUGGGAACUAUGUUGACAUGCAAAGCUGCUGUAAGACAUAUGCUUCAACAGCAGGGAGGUGCUAUUGUUAACAUAGGAAGUAUUGUUGGACUCAAGGGCAAUUCUGGUCAGAGUGUGUACAGUGCCAGCAAAGCAGGGUUAGUUGGAUUUUCACGCUCUCUUGCUAAAGAAGUAGCAAGAAAGAAAAUUCGAGUCAACAUGGUUGCUCCAGGCUUUAUUCACACAGAGAUGACUGCACAUUUGAAAGAAGAUCAGUUGAAGAAAACUAUUCCUCUUGGAAGAUUUGGAGAGCCUGAUGAAGUUGCACAAGCUGUUAUCUUUCUUCUAGAGUCUCCCUAUAUUACAGGGCAUAUUCUAGUUGUAGAUGGAGGCUUGCAGCUUGUAAUUUAAAUUCCACAACAGUACUUAUAAAAUGACUUGAAUGGAGAGAGAAAUAAACUUGGCUGAUGAAGAUUCUGA